AUGAAGGAGCACGAUAUAACCCCCCCGGACUUUCACAACUUCAAGGACUUUAAUCGCACUGUACUAGGCUUACAGACUAAUCUAGAGCCUAGAGAUUCUUUCACUGAUCAUACUAUCAGCUACUAUGACAUGGAGAUCGUAUAUAGGCAAUAUCCCUGUGGAAAUGAACACGAAGAAACUCCAGGUACAUAUAGAGGCGGGCUAGCGAAUGCGGGAAGGAAGUUAAAAGAUAAACUUAAGGUACUUUACCCAGGUGCGGAUACUGGUCUUUUGUAUGGCGAUGAUAAACUUUAUUCCAAGCUUUCACACUGUAUACAGCCCAUGGAUUGGUAG